AUGGUCGCGCCGAGGAGGAGGCGGCGCUCCCCGUCCGGUCCAGAUGGACGGCCACACACGGGAGGUGGGGAGCGGAGCGCCGGAGGAGCCAUGGCCUCGGAGCAGAAGGCCGCCAAUAGGGUUUCAAUCAAUCGGCCGGCCCUGCCGCCCAAGCUCAACGCCGGCGCGGACCGGAUCAGCGGUCUCCCCGACCACCUCCUCCUCAAGAUCCUCGAGCGCCUCGACCUGCGGGAGGCGGUCCGCGCCGGGGUGCUCUCGACGCGGUGGCGGCACCUCCCCAAGCACCUCUCACGAGUGGACCUCGACGUUGCUCACUUUCAGGGCGCGACGCCGCUCGAGGCCACGGACGCGUUCACGGGCGCGGUCCGGUCGUUGCUCGCCGGGGUUCCCCUCGCCGAGAGUGGCGCCCUCAAGUCCCUCGUCCUCGGCUUCUACAUGCCUUCCUCUCCUCACCUGAACACCAUAGGCCGCCUCGUCCAGGACGUCGUGAGCUUGGGCCAGACCGAAUGCCUUGAGUUUCGCACGUCCCUGCCGCCCCCCGAGCCGCUGCUCGAUGAGAUUGCGCGGCAGUUCAUGUCCUUCUGCCGCGCCUACCAGGUCGCCUUCUCUUGGCUCACGAGUCUUGCACUCGAGCGCCUUGUAUUUGACCAUUCUGACAUCACCGAGCUCAUCAGCGCUUGCGGUAGGCUCAGGCACCUCAGCCUGUGUGCCUUCAGACUGGUUGAUCCGCACUCCGUGCUCAAGAUCGACGUGCCGCACUCUGGAAUCCAGGAGCUCGAAUUCAGCUUCGUUGGGUGCAUGCUGAUCGAGCUCAUUUCUGUCCCUAAACUUAGGAAAGUGUGGUGCCAUUAUUGGUUCUCCCAGAACCCUCCAUUGAGCUUCGGCUAUGUUCCUGAGCUUCGCUUUGUAAGACUCUCUUCUAGAGCCCGGGCAUGGCAGGAGCCAUUCGCGCUGAGCGAGUGCCUGUCAAGGAGUGCCAGCAACCUGUCGAUACUUGCUCUCAAUUUCAGCUGCCAAAUGAUUUGGAUUCUGCCAGAACAUCCGAAGAAGCUCACUGCUAUGUUCAGAAACCUGACCUCUGUGUUUCUUUGGGAUAUCUUCAAUGAGUGUGAUCUGAACUGGACAUUGUUUAUCCUUGAAGCCGCACCUUGCCUACAGUGUAUUGAUUUAUCUCGACAUUCAUGCAUCGAGACGCCCGACAACAGUGCCGAGAAGACCAACGUGAUGUGGGAGCCAUCCAAGGAUUUCAAGCACCUAAACUUGAAGUUGCUGGGGAUCCAAGGGUGCGAGGAUGAAGACAAGGUGACAAACUAUGUAAGGCUUGUGAUGGAACGAGCUGUGCGGCCGUUGAUAAUCAAGCUGCAGGAUGAAUUCCCAUGCAGGGACUGCAAUGCCACCAACCUUGACAGAUCCAAGGCGGACAAAGCUAGCAGGCGCCGGAUUAAGGAGCGACUCGCGCAUGAAUCAUCCUCAUUUGUGGAGAUAAUUAUCUGA